AUGAAACAAGUCAUUUGCAAAAGAGUAAAUCAGGGGAAGCGGCUGAAAGCGCGACAAGCUCCCGGUUCCUGCGUUUCGCACUGGAAUUGUGAUGCGCAGGAGACUCUCUUCCUUCUCCUCCUCCUCCUCCUCUGCUGCUUUGUUCUUUUUUCCCCUCUUCUUCGCCGGAGAUCUUAUGGAACCGUGCUGAUUAUCGUGCAGAUGCUGCGCGCGCUCUGCUCGCCUCUUGUUACCGUUAGAAACGCCGCAAACAGCUCGAGUUUGCGGCUGUGAGGGAAACGCUGCACAGCCCCGGCGGCAGACCCGCUUCCAUUUCCCCCAUCUUGGGCUGUGUGUGUGUGUGUAUAUGUGUGUGGGUAGGAGUGUAUUGUCGGCGUGUCACUGCCUCUCAGCAGAGCACAGAAGCGGCAGGAAACAAUAAAGAGAGAAAAAUACACCAGAAAGCCUUCUCUGACUGUUCUGAGCAAAAGGCAAACUUAAAAAAAUUCCCACAACAGGAAAGAUGAGCUCAUAUUUUGUAAAUUCGCUUUUCUCAAAAUAUAAAAGUGGAGAUUCGUUACGCCCGAACUACUAUGAAUGUGGCUUCGCACAGGACCUGGCCGGCAGCCGGCCCACCGUGGUCUACGGACCGGGAUCUGGCGCUACCUUCCAGCACACUCCCCAGAUCCAGGACUUUUACCACCACGGCGCCUCCUCGCUCCCGAGCAACCCCUACCAGCAGAGUCCGUGCGCGGUCACAUGUCACGGAGACCCGGGGAACUUUUAUGGCUAUGACGCCCUGCAACGACAGACGCUCUUUGGGGCCCAAGACGCCGACCUGGUCCAGUAUAACGACUGUAAGCUCGGUGGCGCGACAGCGCUGGGGACGGAAGACACGGAGGCGACCGAGCAGAGCCCGUCACCGACACAACUCUUCCCCUGGAUGAGGCCACAAGUAGCUGCUGGCAGAAGGCGAGGCCGGCAGACCUACAGCCGCUACCAGACCCUGGAGCUGGAGAAAGAGUUCCUCUUCAAUCCCUAUCUAACCAGAAAGCGGCGCAUCGAAGUGUCGCACGCCUUGGCGCUAACAGAGCGCCAGGUGAAGAUUUGGUUCCAGAACCGCAGGAUGAAAUGGAAAAAGGAGAACAACAAGGACAAGUUCCCCAGCAGCAAGAGCGAACAGGAGGCGGUGGAGCGAGAGAGGAGGGAGAAGGAACUGCGUGAGGCCGGCGCCGGGAGCGGCGGAGGAAGCGGCGAAGGAGGCGAGGGGGCGAGCGCGGUGGCGGCCGCGGUUACGGCGGGCUCACAGGGCCCCGUCAGCGAGGACUGCUGUGAGAAAACACACAAACAAAUGUAAAGAGAGAGGCAGAGAGCUCUGAGGGGGUUAACCUGGAUGGGCAGACCUGUGCACUGCCACCUCUCUCCCCGAUUCAUCAGAUGAGUCUUCAGAAGAGGGAGGGCGGUGAUUUGGAAGGACCGAAGGUCUGUUAAAUGUCAAAACCACAGGAAAAAAAGAGUCAAACAGCAGUAAAACAAACAGGAUGGCACUUAUCCUCCAAACUGAACCCCUCCAGCGCCCCCUCCUCAACAAGACAGAAAAAGAUUAAAGGGUAGCUUCCUUUUUUUGUGGAACAAGUAUCGUGAAACAUUUCUAUAUUGUUAGAAUUUUAACAUUAAAAGUUUCAUCUUUGGCAGCUGUAUAGUUUUUAAGUUAAAUAUUACGAUGGUGCACUUUUUACUGUAAUUCUCACGUCAAUGUUCUUGUUGUUAUGGCUAUGAUUUAUGAUUAUUAUGAAGAUGAUGACGUAGCAAUUAAUGAAAGUUCCAACAACAUGAAACUGCCUAUUUAUGCCGAUUUAGUAGGUUGGUCUCUCAUUUUCUACACACUCUGACUGUCAUUUUAGUUGUUUAUUUUGACGUAGACUAUGACGAGGAUAUUUGUUUUAUGUUGUAUUCCUAUAUCGUUUAGGGGAAAGAGCAUGCGCACAGUGCAGAUGAAAAAAAAAAAUAUAAAAAAAAUACAAGAUAUAAAAAUAAUAAAAAAUUGUUGAAAAACAUCCUUAUAAAAA